AGAAUUUAUCGCAGUUUAAAUUUCUACCGAGACAUCAGUAAAUUUAAUCAAAUAUUUUGUCGCGUUUCGUGGCAAAAUCAGUGUUAAUUAAAUACUUCGAUAGUUGUAUAGAAUUUUUCGGGAUUAUCACUAAUAAAUAACAGCUGUUUUUUUUUUUUCAAAAAAAGGAAAACGCAGAAAAAUUGUUUUAACGAAUCUCUUUUAAUCGGAGUGUCAUCAUCUGUCAUGUAAUUUUUUAGUUUGCGAUUUUUAAUUUAAAAAAAACAAAAUUACUAAUUUAAUUAAUUUGCUAAGAGAAAUACAAAAAGAUUAAAAAUGAAGACGAGAUUUAAUACUUAUGAUCUUGUGAGCAUCAUCACUGAAUUACAACCAUUAAUUGGAAUGCGAGUGAAUCAAGUAUACGACAUUGAUCAUCGUACAUAUUUAAUACGUUUGCAAAGAAAUGAAGAAAAACGUGUUUUAUUAAUUGAAUCGGGAAAUCGAUUUCACACAACAGCAUUUGAAUGGCCAAAAAAUGUUGCCCCAUCUGGAUUUUCAAUGAAGAUGAGAAAACAUUUGAAAAAUAAACGAUUAGAAAGUUUAAAGCAAAUUGGCGCUGAUCGAAUAGUUGAUUUUCAAUUUGGAAGUGGCGAAGCUGCUUAUCAUAUUAUUUUAGAAUUAUACGAUCGCGGUAAUAUUAUUCUCACCGAUUAUGAGAUGACAAUUUUAAAUGUUCUCAGACCUCACACUGAAGGCGAUAAAAUUAGAUUUGCAGUACGAGAGAAAUAUCCAUUAGAUCGUGCACAUAAGGAAACAAUGCCAGAAUUUGAAGAAAUAAAAAAACGUCUCCAAAAUGCAAAACAAGGAGAGCCAUUGAAAAAAAUAUUAAAUCUACUUCUUGAAUUUGGUGCCUCAUUAAUUGAUCAUGUUCUAUUGAAAGCUGGUUUUAUAAAUUGUAAAAUUGGACAAAAUUUUCAUAUUGAGAAUGAUUUACCAAAAUUACAUUCAGCACUCAUGGAAGCUGAAUUAAUUCUCAAUGAUGGGAAAAAAAUAAUUUCCAAAGGUUAUAUAGUACAAAAAAAAGAGACAAAAAUUACAGCCGAUGGUAAUGAGGAAUUUAUCUAUGCAAAUAUUGAAUUUCAUCCAUAUUUAUUUGAACAAAUUAAAAAUCAAACAUGUAAAGAAUUUGAUACAUUUGAUAAUGCUGUUGAUGAAUAUUUUUCAUCAAUGGAGGGACAAAAAUUGGAAUUAAAAGUAUUGCAACAAGAGCGUGAUGCAUUGAAAAAAUUGGAUAAUGUAAGAAAAGAUCAUGAUCAACGUUUAAUUUCGUUGACAAAAACACAGGAUGUUGAUAAACAAAAGGCUGAAUUAAUUGCUAGAAAUCAAGAAUUGGUUGACGGUGCAAUAGUUGCUGUGCAAAGUUUAUUGGCACAUCAAUUUUCAUGGCCGGAUAUUGAGGCAUUGGUGAAAGAAGCACAGGAUCGUGGUGAUCCAAUUGCUCAACAUAUUAAACAAUUGAAAUUACAGACAAAUCAUAUUUCAUUAUUGUUAACGGAUCCAUAUAAUGAGGGCGAUGAUGAUGAUAAUGAGGAAAAUGAAAAUAAUGCCAGUGGAUCAGAAUUAAAAUCAAUGAUUGUUGAUAUUAAUUUGGCGCACAGUGCAUUUGCAAAUGCAACAAAAUAUUAUGAUUUAAAACGUACGGCAGCGAAGAAACAGCAAAAAACAAUUGAAUCACAAGGAAAGGCAUUAAAAUCGGCUGAGAGAAAAACAAAACAAACUUUAAAGGAAGUACAAACAAUUCACAGUAUCAAUAAAUUACGUAAAGUUUAUUGGUUUGAGAAAUUUUAUUGGUUUAUAUCGUCGGAAAAUUAUUUGGUAAUUGGCGGAAGAGAUCAACAGCAAAAUGAAUUAAUUGUAAAACGUUAUUUACGCGCUGGUGAUGUUUAUGUUCACGCUGAUUUAACGGGAGCGAGUUCAGUGGUGAUUAAAAAUCCCAAUGGUGCUCCAAUUCCACCGAAAACUCUCGCUGAAGCCGGAACAAUGGCAGUGACUUACAGUAUUGCUUGGGAAGCAAAAGUUGUUGCAGGCGCUUGGUGGGUAAAUAAUGAUCAAGUAUCAAAAACUGCGCCAACUGGUGAAUAUUUAACGACCGGUUCGUUUAUGAUUCGUGGGAAAAAAAAUUAUCUUCCACCGUGUCAAUUGGUGAUGGGUUUGGGUUUUAUGUUCCGCCUCGAGGAAAGUUCAAUAGAGCGGCACAAAGACGAAAGAAAAGUGAAAUCAAUUGACGAUGAGAAUGAGGAAACAUUUGUUGAAACGGAAAAAGAAAUUGAAAUUGAAGAAGGAGACGACGAAGAAGAUAAUUGCGAGCAGGAAAAAUUGGAUGCAAUUCAAGAAGUGAAUGAAGGAGAACAAUGUCGAGAAGAAAAAAAUGAAGAAGAAAGUAGCGAUGAUGAAAAUUCUCUAUUUCCGGAUACGAAAAUAAAAAUCGAUCUCUCAGGAUCAAAAAUGCAUCUAAGAGUCGACAACGCAAAACCGUUGACGAAACAACAAAACGAGGAAGUGAUGAUUGAUGAGAAACCCCAAAGAAUUGUGCAAAAGAAACAAAAAGGAAAUUUUGAAAAUAGACCCACGGAAAAAUUGGAGAACGAAGAGGAAAAACCAAAGCCACAAGCAUUGAAGAGGGGACAAAAGGGGAAAUUGAAGAAAAUUAAAGAGAAAUACAAGGAUCAAGAUGAAGAAGACCGACGACUUUUAAUGGCAGCUCUACAGUCGGCGGGCGCAGCGAAAGAGGAUAAAAGAAAAAAUCGUCAAAAAGAUCCCUCGGGACCGAAGCAACAGAAGAAGAAAAAUAUCCCACCGAAAAGAAAACCAAUUGAACAAAAUUUGGAAAUUGGCGAAAAUAUUGAGGAAGAAGAUUUAGGACCGGCUCCUGAGAUUGAUAUGUUGGAUCAAUUAACUGGAAAGCCAGUCGAAGAAGAUGAACUUCUCUUUGCUGUUCCAAUAAUUGCGCCAUACAAUACUUUAACUAAUUACAAAUUUAAAGUGAAAUUAACGCCUGGCACGGGAAAAAGAGGGAAAGCGGCAAAAACAGCAGUUGCCGUAUUUUUAAAGGACAAAACAAUAACAUCACGUGAAAAAGAUUUAAUAAAAUCCGUAAAAGACGAAACAAUCGCAAGAAAUAUUCCCGGUAAAGUGAAAAUUAGUGCUCCACAAAUUCAGAAAGUGAAGAAAUAAUUUUUUUUUUCCCCAAAUUUCAAAUUAUAUUUUAUAGAAAUUUAUUUAUUACUUCUGAUAAAAAAGGGUAAUUUUGUAAAUAUUGCAUCUAUUUUCCUCUUGAAAAAUAAAAAAAAAAAUUAAAAACAAA